AUGAGAAGCGCAGAAACGAAAAUCAUUUCAAGAAGGCUGCUCGACGAGGAUAUCAUGUCGUUCCAGGCACCACACUCACAUCCGUCCUCGUAUUCUACUCAACCCCGGGGCGCCCUCGCUGGACUCGGUCUCACCUCUGCAGGGUCGGAUCUGUCAAAUAGAGUGAACAACUUCUUUGAAAACGAAAAAUCACUUCCCAUGUAUAAAGACAAGCCAUUCGCGCCACGGCGCACUGCACCCAGAAAAAGAUGGAGAACGCUCUUUAAUAUUCUGGCGAUAUGCGCAUUGCUGUUGCUAUGGUAUUAUAAAGCGAGUCUCCCGUACAUAUCAGGCUCCAUAUCCAAGUCGAAGGGCAAUGAUAGAGGAGUAGCACUCUGGAAUUGGAUGCAACAAUUGAAGCAUGAAAGUGCUUCCGACACAGUUGUGAAUUGGGAUGAUUGCCGAGACAAAGUUCGGGAUGCGUUCAUUGUUAGUUGGGAAGGCUACGAGAAAGAUGCGUGGGGUUAUGACGAGUACAAUCCAGCAUCCGGAAACAAAAAGAACAUGAUUGAUGGCGGCAUGGGAUGGAUGCUAGUUGAUGCACUUGAUGCAGCGAUUAUAAUGAAUCUCACAUCUCAGGUCCGUCAUGCGCGCCAGUGGAUUUCCACCUCUCUGCAGUACAAUCAGGAUCAUGACGUGAGUACGUUCGAGACAACCAUUCGCAUGUUGGGUGGUUUGCUUUCUGCACACUAUCUGUCCACAAAAUACCCAACUCUGGCGCCUAUCGCGGAUGAUGAUUUUCUUGCUGCUGGAGAGGAUUUGUACAUCGAGAAAGCCACUGAUCUCGCAGAUCGACUCCUUGGAGCAUUUGACACGCCCACUGGAAUCCCAUACUCGAGCGUGAAUCUCAACAAAUCGAUGGGGCUCCGCUCCCGCGACGAUGGUGGCGCUGCAUCUACGGCCGAGGCAACUUCGGUGCAGCUUGAAUUCAAAUACUUGGCCAAACUCACCGGGGAAGGUGAGUACUGGAGAGUCGCAGAAAAGGUGAUGGAAGUUGUAGACGGGCUGAAGGCUCAGGACGGUCUUGUCCCUAUCUUCAUCCACCCCGAUUCUGGACAAUUCAAGGGUAAUAACAUUCGCCUUGGCAGUCGAGGUGACUCAUACUAUGAAUACCUUAUCAAACAGUACCUUCAAACUUCCCUUGAAGAGCCUGUUUAUAAAGAGAUGUGGAACGAGAGCAUGCAAGGCAUUCGCAAGCACUUGCUUUCCUUCUCUCAGGAUGCCAACUUGAUGGUCCUGGGCGAGAGACCGCAAGGCUUAGAAGGUGCUCUCAGCCCUAAAAUGGACCAUCUUGUGUGCUUUAUGCCAGGGACUAUCGCUCUAGGAGCUACCGGCGGUAUCCCAUUAGCCGACGCCAGAGAAUCGGCUGAUUGGACUCAACAGAAAGAAGAUGAGAUUCUCAUAUCUCGAGAGCUGAUGAAGACCUGCUGGGCAACUUAUCUACAAACGAAGACGGGUCUUGCCCCUGAAAUUUCCCAUUUUAUUCUUGACUCCCCACCAGUGAUGAUGGAAGAUAAGUACCCAGACCCUAAAUCGGAUCCCCAAAUUAGCUCGUCUAUUGGUUCACCGCCACACGAACUAGCAAGUGUUUCCCUCCCCCUAUCUCCCCUGCCUGACGGCACUGAGCCUUGGCGCAAAGACAUCGAAAUCCACCAUAUGGAUACCCACAAUCUGCAACGCCCAGAGACGGUCGAGUCUUUGUUCUACAUGUACCGUGUCACCGGAGACGAGAUUUACCGAAAAUGGGGAUGGGAGAUGUUCAAGUCUUUUGUCAACUAUACUUCUGUGAUUGAACAUGACCCGUCCAAGUCCACUUUGACCCUGAGUGAAAAUGCCCCGAUAACCCACGGCCGCGUAAAGGGCUUCACUUCCCUCGGUGACGUGACUGUGAUCCCACCAGCGAAGCGUGAUAAUAUGGAAAGUUUCUGGAUGGCCGAGACGCUCAAGUAUUUCUACUUGUUGUUCUCAGACCGAGACUUCAUCUCUCUCGAGGAUCAUAUCUUCAAUACAGAGGCUCACCCCAUGCCAAGGUUCAAGCUUGGUGGCGAGCUCAAGACUGGCUGGCAGCGUAAGCCUCGACCGGAAAGCACUUGA